CCCCCCCCUAACACCCAAAGCCCUCAUGCGGCUUCUCCCCUUCCUCACGCUCAUUCCAGCCGCCCUCGCAAGGGCGGCACGCCUUCAGUCCGCUGCCGCUCCUCAAGAAUAUGUCAACACCGCCGUCGCCCGCACCGUCGAGCUCGGCGGCAGCACAACCCUCGUCACCACACAGUACAACGUCAAGGCGUUGAAUGCCGACCCGGGGUCCUACAUCCUCGCGCUGGCAGCAUCAGGUCAGCCAGAGCCUGCAUGGUACGAGGUGCUUGUCGGGGGCAAGGCAGUGUCUGUCGAGGCCGGCCGCUUGGGCGAUGCGCCGGUCGCUGUCGUGCCCAUGGGCAAGCUGAGGAAGGAUGACACGGUGACAAUCUCCUUGAAUGCGAUCACUGCGCACGCCGCGCGCCCUCUCCCCGAGGAGAUCGAGCAGCGCGAACCCCAGUUUAUGAUCUGGGAGUCGGAUACCACUCUCGUUGACUCGGCGUACAAGUGUGACGUCGAGCGUAUCAAGAUCCGCACCCCAACGUCUGUGAUUCUCUCCCACGGUACCGUCCCAAAGACGUACACUCGCGACUCUGAUGUCACCAAGAGCUCGGCAACAAUCACGCUUGGUCCAUUCCACGGCGUUCCGCCCACCAUUGGCGCCGACGCAAGCGCGGAGCAGUCGCCCUUCUACGUCCACUACGAGACGCGCGAGCCCAUCAUCGGCAUCCGUACGCUCAAGCGCGCGGCUGAGGUCUCGUACUGGGGGGCCAACCUCAACAUUCAGGACGAGGUCGGCCUCUUCAACGACGGACCUCAGCUCAAGGGGCAGUUCUCGCGCCUUGCGCACCAGCAGUCGCGCUUCCACGCCGGCAAGCCCGCGCAGGUGCUCUCCGAGUUCACCCUCCGCCUCCCGCCUUCAGCGCACAGCGUGUACUACUACGACGUGAUUGGCAACGUGUCGACCUCGCGCUUCCGCCCCGGCCAGCCCGCCGUUGGCAAGAAGCGUGUUGUGGACGGCUCGCUCGAGCUGCGUCCCCGCUACCCCGUCCUCGGAGGGUGGAACUACUCGUUCACCGUGGGCUGGGACAUGCCUCUCGCCGAGAACCUUCGCACCGACGGCGACCGCGCCAUCCUCGAAGUGCCCUUCCUCACGCCGCUCAAGGGCGUCGUCGUCGACCAGGAGGAGCUGACCAUCGUCCUCCCCGAGGGCGCGACCGACGUCGAGGUGUUUGCCCCGUUCCCCCUCGACUCGAUCUACCACGGCGUCCACCGCACCUAUCUCGACACGAUCGGCCGCCCCAAGGUCGUCAUCACCAAGCGCUCCGUCACUGAAAACCACGCCGUACCCGUGUACGUCACCUACUCGUAUCCGCUCAGCGCGCGCUUCACCAAGCCGCUUGCGGCGGGUGCAUUCGCCGGCUCUGCCCUCGCGCUGUUCAUGCUCCUCCGGCGCGUGAACUACGACAUCGAGAAGAAGUAAUCUCGUUAGACAGUAGCAUAGAUGCAUGUGUGAGAAGACGUGCGGUGCUCCAUGAUGGUCGUGUUAGGCGAGUUUUAAGGCUCGCGAAAUGGGACGCAGUGAGAUGUGCUAUGCAUGCGAUGA